UCAUAAACAAAAGGCGUAGGUGUCGAGCUUGUCGCCGCACAUCGCCCGGCGUCAUGUUCCUCUUCCAGCUCCUCAACUUUUUCUUCAGCACCUCCAAAAAGGAGGACUCCUCCAAGUAUGACCUCUCCCUCUACAAGCGCGGGGACCUGCUGGAGGUUCCCCGCACCUUGUUCACCCACUUCGGCAUCUACUUGGGCGACAACCGCGUGGCCCACCUCAUCCCGGAUAUCCUGCCCGUCAUCUCCAGGAACAAGUCGGCCAUCGCCAAGAUGGUCACCAACAACCGGCUUCUGAUGGGGGUCAUCGCCAAGGUGGCCAGCGUGAGGGUGGACUCGGUGGUGGACUUUGCAUACGGCUCGAAGAUCUUGGUCAACCACAUGGACAAGGUGUGCAGCCAGCCCCCGCUGGAUGGGGACGAGGUGGCCAGGAGGGCGGAGAAGCUGCUGGGCUCAGUCACCUACAGCUUGCUGUGGUACAACUGUGAACACUAUGUCAUGUACUGCAGAUACGGCAUGGCCAUCAGCUACCAGACAUACCAGUUCUGCACAACAGUUCGCAAGAUCGUGUGCAGCCGAAUGAGCUCGUACUUGACGGCGCUGUGCGGCGCGGCGGCCUUGCUGUGUUUGGGCUGUGCGACGCCGCUGACGGUUUUGUCCACUCUGCUGGUGUCGUUCACCAUCUGGAUGGCAGCCUAGUGCAGCCCACAGGAAUAAAGACUUUGGUGUCAUCGAAGAUGUUGGCAGCGUUUUGUACUACUACACUAUUUCCCAUUCUCAUUUUGUAUGCUACCCAACCCUUCUUAGUCUGUCUUCAUCUCAGCAGCCUCAAUAAAAGUCACAUUUUAGGUUAAUAAUAUAUACUUUUUUUCUUUAAAAAGUUAUUUUUUGGAAAAAUGCACUUAUUUUAUGCUUUCAUUUCCCUCAAUUGCCAGUUUUUGGAACAUUUUUAUGUGGUUUGUCUUCUUAUUAUUCCCUUUUGUCUAAGUUGCCAUUUUUGUCCUUGGACAUUUCUUAAUUGGCUUGAAUGGCCUUACUGGUAGGGAACUAUAGCGCCACCUGUUGGUCUUUGUGAUGUCUGAGGGCGAUUCAUUGGAUAAUGCUGGUCCAUUAAAACUGUAUUUCUAC